AUUAAUUUAUAUUAUUGAAUGCCUUUAAAAAAGGAAGGAUUCUAGUCUGUAGGUGAAUUUUUGAGUUUCUCUUUAUCAACAGAUGAUUAAGCAAGUGUAGGACAAAUUAAAACAGCACUUUUCUUUGUGAGACAAAUAGUUUCAGUCCUUUUAGGAUUAGCUGCAGGGUUUUUACAUUUAUAAGGCAUAUUGACAAUUUUAGGAUUUUUGUUUUUGUCAAUGGGAUUUUCAUAUUAUUAUGUCUUCAAAUACAAAUAAGUAAAUUUAGCAAAUAUAAUAAGGUCGAUGAAGAUAAAAUUGAGAAUACAGAAAUAUACACUGAGGGAUUAGGAGCUUCUAUAGGUGAAUUUUUGUUAACUUGGACCCUGGUUCAUACAGUGGCUUGAAUAUUAUGAAAUGUUAAAUAUAAAAUUAUAGUAAAUAAAAAU